AUGGAGGGGUCCAGUGACAGGCUUUUCUGCUGCAGAUGGGUUCGCGACAAGAUUCCCCUGACCCACAGGGAGGAACUGUACCACAUCCUGAGGAUGACAGGGCCUCUGCUGCUCUCUCGAAUCCUCAAUUACCUGCUUCCAUUUGUGGUUACAAUGUUCUGCGGGCGUCUGGGGAACGAUGUGAUGGCCGGUUAUGGAUUAGCUUCUGCUGCCAUUAAUGUUACCACUGCGGCGACGGGAUGUGGUCUGGCGCUGGUGUGUGAUACGCUGGUGUCUCAGACAUUCGGUGGUAAGAACUUACUGCGGGUGGGAGUGAUCCUUCAGCGGGGCAUCAUCAUCCUGCUGCUCUUCUGUCUGCCCUGCUGGGGUCUCCUCAUUAACGCCGAGGCCAUCCUGUUGUGCAUGGGCCAGGAACCUGAGGUGGCCAGAAUAGCCCAGCUGUAUAUGACAGCAUUCAUCCCUGCAGUGCCAGCAAUGUUCCUCCAUCAUCUUCAGGUGUCUUAUCUACAGAACCAGGGAAUAAUAAUGCCACAAAUGUACACCGCCGCUUUGGCAAACAUAGCAAACUUGGUGACGAACUACAUCCUUCUCUACUGGCUGGAUCUGGGUGUGGGCGGAUCUGCAGCAGCCAACACUCUGUCUUGGAUUUACAUCUCUGCUUUCCUGUUUGCUUACAUUUGGUGGAAGAAGCUCCAUGUGACGACGUGGGGAGAGUCGCUGCAGGAGUGGGGCUCCUACAUGAAGCUGGCCAUUCCCAGCACAUUGAUGACCUGUUUUGAGUGGUGGGUUUAUGAGUUUGGGGGAUUUUUUGCAGGAAUGCUGAGUGAGGAUGAGCUGGCAGCUCAACAUGCUGUGAUCAUGAUCGCUUUCAUAACUUACAUGUUCCCUCUUGGUGUUCAAGCUGCAGCAUGUGCCCGGGUGGGGAAUGCACUUGGAGCAGGAGACACUGCCAGGGCCGUCCUAAGCACUAAGAUGUCAUAUGGGCUUGCAGGUAGCAUGGCGAUUGUUGAAGGUGUGGUGCUCGCCGGUACUAAAACGGUCAUUGGCUACAUCUUCACCUCUGAUGAGAAAAUCAUAGAUCUGGUGUCGCAAUUGAUGACCGUUUACUGUUUCCUUCAGUUCUUCGAUGGCAUUGUGUGUGUGAGCACGGGAAUCUUCUUGGGCACGGGCAAACAGAAGAUACCAGCUGUGGUCAAUUUCAUUGGAUACUACUGCAUAGGGCUUCCCCUCUGCAUUGUUUUCAUGUUUGUCGCAAAACUCAGAGUGUUGGGUUUUUGGCUGGGACUGCUCAUUGGAGCGUUCUUACUAUCCACUUCUUACAUCACCAUUAUUAUUUUCAAGCUUGACUGGAAGAGAAUGACCGAGGAGGCUGUGAAACGAGCUCAGAAAAAGACCUACUUGGCACAAUUUGGCGCCGAUGCCCUGUCUGACCCUGUGGGCAUCAACACUGCAGGACAGACAGCAAGUAAUGGGAAUUCAGUGGAUGGCUACAUGUCCGUGAGCAGCGAGUGCCACGAUGGCAGCGCUGAGAAGGAGGGCGGGGUGCAGCAGCCGAAGGGUGGUCGUCUCUCCACCACCCAGCUGAUCCUCCGCCGAGGCCUCACCAUGUUGGCAGCGAUUGCACUUCUUGUUGUGGGAGUGAUUGUGCACUUGGUGGUGCCGUUGCCAGAGACCCUGUUAGAGGCCAACUCUACUACGGACUGGAUCAAUACUACAAAUACCCCUGAUCGCAUUUUUUCCACUGUGCUGCUCCCGACACAAGAGUCAGCAUAACCUUGACAGCUGUGAUCAUAAAAUCAUUGUGUUGUUUAAAAAAAAAAAAAAAAACCCUGAAUUUAAGACUCUUGUGGACUCAUUUUCUCAGAAUUGCGUGGGGCCAGACUGUGGCUGAAAAAAUUAAGUGAGUUAAGGAUGUAACAUAAAUCUUUAAUUUAUGAAUUGAAAUAAGAUUUAAUAGAUUUCUUUAUUUGAUCAUUGCCUGUUUCAUUUUAUUGCCUUUUUGUUGUCAUCUGGAUUUCCCAACCUGUAAUAAAACUCAUU